AUGCGAGAGGCUCUGUCUUCCACCGAAGAAGAUGUUAUUUCCAUGUCUGGUGUUGAUUCUGCGGUCUACUUUGUUUUCUUGAGCACUGUAUUGGGAAUAUUAGUCUUGGCCGGCCUAGUGCUGUUACCAAUACUUCUUCCAGUAGCAGCCACUGAUCACACAGUGACAUCAAACAAUACCACCAGCAACGGGACUUUCAGUGACCUUGAUAGGCUAUCUAUGGGACAUGUUCAAGAAAAAAGUCCACGGUUGUGGGCAUUUGUGAUUGCCACCUAUUGGGUUUCUCUUGUUGCAUAUUACUUACUGUGGAAGGCAUACAAACAUGUUUCUGAUCUGACAGCUGCAGCUCUAAUGUCUCAAGGAGUGAGAGCUGAGCAGUUUACUGUUCUUGUCAGAGACAUUCCUCCUACCCCUGAAGGUCAAUCUAGAAAGGAACAGAUUGACUCAUAUUUCAAAACAAUCUAUCCCGAGGCAUUUUACAGAUCAAUGGUAGUCACAGACAACAAGGAGGUCAAUAAAAUAUACAAAGAGUUGGAAGAGUGCAAAAAGAAGCUUGCUCAUGCUGAAGCCGUAUAUGCAGAGCCAAAAAAAACAGGCAAGCCUGACGGAAUAAGACCAAUGAACAGAACUGGCUUCCUUGGUCUCUUUGGUAAUAAGGUUGAUUCAAUAGAGUGCUAUACCCAAAAAAUCAAUGAGCUGACCCCAAAAUUGGAAGCUGAACAGAAAGUCACGCUCAGAGAGAAGCAGCUGGGUUCAGCUCUGGUCUUCUUCACCAGCAGGGUUACUGCUGCUUCUGCAGCUGUGAGUCUACAUGCUCGAAUGGUGGACACAUGGACAGUCAUGGAUGCUCCUGAACCCCAACAGAAGCUUCUCCCAUUUCUAAAGGCAGCCACUGAUCAGGAUGUGAUUAAGACAGUGUUGGAAGCUUACCUCCCUCAGAUUGCACUUAUUGUGUUUCUGGCUUUGUUGCCGAAGUUUCUUUUGUUUCUAUCAAAGGCUGAGGGCAUUCCUUCGGAGAGCCAUGUAAUAAGGGCCGCUUCAGGGAAAUACUUCUAUUUCAGCGUCUUGAACGUAUUUAUCGGAGUUACAAUUGGUGGAACUCUUUUCAGUACAUUAAAGACAAUUCAGAAGGAUCCAAAUUCUAUUGCUGACUUACUGGCGACUAGCCUCCCAGGCAAUGCAACUUUCUUCUUGACAUUUGUGGCUCUGAAGUAA